AACGUCCCCUCUUGUUCCCAUGGGCUAGGGUCCCCGCGGCUUCCAGGCUGCGCCCACACGUGCGCGGGGCCGUCACCUCCGGCGCGUGCUCUCCGGCCAGAGCGUGGGGGUCUCUUAGGGAGACGGCGGCUCUGGGGUAGUCACCAGGCUCCGGGGAUUGUGGGUGGCGUCUGCCCCCAGGAGCCUCCUGGCCGCGCGCGCGCAUCAGCCCUCUCAGCGGUGCUGCGCGCCAACGAGUGUGGCCACGCGAGAAGGACGCGGUGUUGGAGCUGGCCGGAGUCGGGCAAUGGCCUUGGGCGAGGGGAGGAGACAUUCCGGCCAGUGAAUAGAACACUCUGUCAUCCUUCGGAAAGGACCAGCAGCACAAUGGCGGCGGCCGCGGCGGAGCAGCAACAGUUCUACCUGCUCUUGGGAAACAUAAUCAGCCCUGACAAUGAGGUCCGGAAACAGGCGGAGGAAACCUAUGAGAAUAUCCCAGGCCAAACCAAGGUCAUGUUCCUCUUACAAACCAUCAGAAAUACAACAGCUGCUGAUGAGGCUAGACAAGUGGCCGCUGUUCUCCUAAGGCGUCUUUUUUCCUCAAAUGAAGUCUAUCCAACUCUGCCAUCAGAUGUCCAGACUGCCAUCAAGAGUGAACUGCUAAUGAUUAUUCAGAUGGAGACAGAAUCUAGCAUGAGGAGGAAAAUCUGUGAUAUUGCUGCAGAGUUGGCCAGGAAUUUAAUAGAUGAGGAUGGCAACAACCAGUGGCCUGAGGGUUUGAACUUCCUCUUUGAUUCCAUCAGCUCACAGAGCAUGGGACUCCGGGAAGCUGCCCUUUACAUAUUUUGGAACUUUCCUGGGAUUUUUGGGAACCAACAGCAGCACUAUUUGGAUGUCAUCAAGCAGAUGUUAGUUCAGUGUAUGCAAGAUCAAGAGCAUCCUUCGAUCUGGACAUUGUCGGCCAGAGUUACAGCCGCCUUCAUACUAGCCAACGAGCAUAAUGUCGCUGUGUUCAAACACUUUGCAGACCUGCUACCUGGGUUCUUAAAGGCUGUCAAUGACUCGUGCUAUCAGUACGACGACUCAGUCCUCAAGUCUCUUGUGGAGAUAGCGAACACUGUUCCGAAGUAUUUGCGUCCUCAUUUAGAAGCAACUCUACAGCUAAGUCUGAAGUUGUGUGGAGACGCCAACCUCUACAAUAUGCAGCGCCAACUUGCCCUCGAAGUGAUUGUGACCCUGUCUGAAACCGCAGCUGCCAUGUUAAGAAAGCAUACCAAUAUUAUUGCACAGACUAUUCCUCAGAUGCUGGCCAUGAUGGUUGAUCUAGAAGAAGAUGAGGACUGGGCAAAUGCUGAUGAGCUAGAAGAUGAUGACUUCAAUAGCAAUGCAGUUGCUGGUGAGAGUGCCUUGGACCGGAUGGCCUGUGGACUUGGUGGAAAUCUUGUUUUGCCAAUGAUCAAGGAACACAUUAUGCAGAUGCUUCAAAACCCUGACUGGAAGUACCGGCAUGCAGGAUUGAUGGCCUUAUCUGCCAUCGGAGAAGGAUGCCAUGAGCAAAUGGAGGGAAUUCUGAAUGAGAUUGUGAACUUUGUCUUGCUUUUUCUCCAGGAUCCUCACCCAAGAGUCCAGUAUGCAGCCUGCAAUGCUGUGGGUCAGAUGGCUAUGGAUUUUGCACCUGGUUUUCAAAAGAAAUUCCAUGAGUAGGUGAUUGCAGCUUUGCUUCAAACCAUGGGAGAUCAAGGCAACCAAAGGGUGCAGGCCCAUGCGGCGUCUGCUCUCAUUAAUUUCACUGAAGACUGUCCCAAGUCGCUGCUCAUCCCAUACUUGGAUAACCUGGUGAAGCACCUGCAUUCAAUUAUGGUCCUCAAACUUCAGGAGCUGAUCCAGAAAGGCACCAAGUUAGUCCUGGAGCAGGUUGUGACGUCCAUCGCAUCGGUUGCAGAUACCGCAGAAGAGAAGUUCAUUCCCUACUAUGACCUGUUCAUGCCAUCCCUGAAGCACAUAGUGGAGAACGCAGUCCAGAAGGAGCUGAGGCUCCUGAGGGGGAAGACGAUCGAAUGUGUCAGCCUCAUCGGCCUGGCUGUGGGGAAGGAGAAGUUCAUGCAGGACGCUUCAGAUGUGAUGCAGCUCUUGCUGAAGACCCAGACAGACUUCGGUGACAUGGAAGACGACGACCCUCAGAUCUCUUACAUGUUCUCUGCAUGGGCCAGAAUGUGCAAAAUCCUUGGGAAAGAUUUCCAGCAGUACCUUCCCAUGGUCAUGGGGCCGCUGAUGAAGAUCGCUUCGAUUAAGCCCGGAGUAACCUUUCUCCACACCCAGGACAUGGAGAAUAUGAGUGAUGAUGGUUGGGAAUUUUUGAACCUCGGAAAUCAGCAAAUUUUUGGUAUUAAAACUGCAGGACUAGAAGAAAAGUCAACUGCUUGCCAGAUGUUGGUUUGCUAUGCUAAGGAGUUAAAGGAAAGUUUUGUGGAGUACACUGAACAGGUUGCCAAACUGAUGGUCCCUCUGCUCAAGUUUUACUUACAUGAUGGGGUCCGAAUGGCAGCCGCGGAGUCCAUGCCCUUUCUGCUGGAGUGUGCGCGAGUCCGCGGUCCCGAGUACCUCAUGCAGAUGUGGUACUAUAUAUGCGAUGGGCUCAUCAAAGCUAUUGGCACGGAGCCUUACUCAGACGUGCUCUCGGAGAUCAUGCACUCGUUCGCAAAGUGCAUAGACGUCAUGGGAGACGGGUGUCUGAACAACAAGCACUUUGAGGAGCUGGGAGGUAUAUUGAAAGCCAAACUUGAAGAACAUUUCAAAAAUCAAGAAUUGCGGCAAGUGAAAAGACAAGACGAAGACUAUGAUGAGCAGGAUGAGGAGUCACUACAGGAUGAGGAUAAUAAUGAUGUCUACAUUCUGACCAAAGUGUCAGAUAUUUUACACUCGAUAUUCAGCAGCUACAAAGAAAAGGUGUUGCCGUGGUUUGAACAGCUGCUUCCAUUCAUUGUCAACCUGAUUUGUCCACAUAGACCAUGGCCAGACAGACAGUGGGGAUUGUGUAUCUUCGAUGAUGUCAUAGAACACUGUAGUCCAGCCUCAUUUAAGUAUGCAGAAUAUUUCUUAAGGCCAAUGCUCCAGUAUGUGUGUGACAACAGCCCAGAAGUCAGGCAAGCUGCGGCAUAUGGCCUUGGCAUCAUGGCACAAUACGGUGGAGACAACUACCGCCCUUUCUGUACAGAAGCACUCCCACUGCUUGUAAGAGUUAUUCAGUCUGCAGAUUCUAAGGCCAAAGAAAACAUCAAUGCUACAGAGAACUGCAUCUCUGCGGUGGGGAAAAUCAUGAACUUCAAGCCUGACUGUGUAAACGUUGAAGAAGUAUUACCACACUGGUUGUCUUGGCUUCCACUACACGAAGAUAAAGAAGAAGCUGUCCAGACCUUCAGUUAUCUGUGCGACCUGAUUGAAAGUAAUCACCCAAUUGUUCUUGGCCCAAACAAUGCCAAUCUACCCAAAAUAUUCAGUAUAAUUGCGGAAGGAGAAAUGCAUGAGGCCAUUAAACAUGAAGACCCCUGUGCCAAGCGCCUGGCCAAUAUAGUUCGCCAAGUACAGACUUCUGGAGGAUUGUGGAAUGAAUGCAUAGCACAGCUCAGUCCGGAGCAGCAGGCCGCCAUACAGGAGCUCCUGAACUCUGCCUGACGGCCUUAAUACCACCUGCCAGAAGCCAGAAAACUAACUCCAAAUAAACGUUUACCAUGCCUUUAAUCCCAGCACUUGGGAGGCAGAGGCAGGUGGAUCUCUGUGAGUUCGAGACCAGCCUGGUCUACAGAGCUAGUUCCAGGACAGGCUCCAAAGCCACAGAGAAACCCUGUCUCA